AUGCUUUCUGGUACUAUAAAAGGCUUUAUUGACGUCGGUCUUCCAUCUCGUAUACACUCACGUUGUCCCUUGAACCUAGAUAAAACUAUCUUUCGAAGGUUCGCUGAGAGUAUUAUUGCGCUUGAAAGAGAGAUCCUGUCUACUUACCGGACAGAAAUCCACAUCCCUCUUCUCAUCAUGACAAACGAAUUCAAUCGCAAGCACAUCGAAAGUGGAUUUCAAGCGAACAAUUUCUACGGCCUCCAAGAAGACCAAAUCGUCUUCUUUUCGCAAGGUUCCUUUCCCUACAUUGACGAUGAAGGUUCCUGUUUGAUGCGUGAAAAAUACCGCGUAUUUUUGCCACUCCCUUGUACCCCAGAUUGCUCUGUCGCCCAACGGUAGCGGUGGGCUAUUCCACGCUCUCUCUGCCAGCGGUCUUCUCGACCGUCUUUUGCGCGAGGAGAUCGAGUACGUGCACAUUUUUUCCUGCGACAAUGUGGGUCUGCUGCCGGGCGAUCCGUUAUUUGUGGGAUUCUGCGUGGAGCGAGGCAGCGAAGUGUGUGUAGAAUGUGUGAAGAAGCUGUGUCCUGAAGAGCAGCUCUCGUUGGUGGCGCAGUAUCAAGAAAAGCCGUUCAUUGCUGUAACCAGCGAGAUGAGCUAUCGACAAGGGUGUCGACGGAAAACAGACGGGAAUUUGGAGUUUCCCUACGGAUUCAUCUGCAACUCGCUGAUGAAGCUGUCGUUUUUGGAGCAGUGUCGCGACGCUGCGUUGCCUCCGUACUGCCAUAUCGUGCAUAAAGCCAUUCCAUUCUAUGAUGCGGUGCUGAAUCGAACGAUUCGGCCGAUCAGUCCGAACGGUUUUCGCAUGGUGUAUUACUUGUCGGACGUAUUCCCGCGUGCGAAGCAGUUCGACGUGCUCGUCGUCACGCGCGAUGACUACAUUCCGGUCAACAAUAAGGCUGGAAAGCCAAUCGAAACGCCGCAGACAGCAAUGCGAGCACUCUCGGAAAAGAAUCGACGGCGUUUAGAAGAGGUGGGAGCGAUAUUACUGGGAGAGGCGAGUGCGACGGACAUGGUGGAA